AUGAAGUUCGUUUCCGAAGAACGCAAGCACUUUCACGAAGAAUGCUCAACUUUGAUUUUGCCUGCUGUAUCUAUUGGCAAUGUUGGUCAGCUAACAGCGGACCUUUUGGUUUCAUCAUUGGGUUCUGAGAAAGUUGGUUACUUAGACGAUCCUUACGUUCUUCCAUGUGUUGGCAAUGAUGCUUAUGGACCUGUUCCUCAAGGAGAUCUUGCACUUCCUCUUGAAGCUUACGAUUCUCCUGCUAAUGGUCUCACUAUUAUACAGCAGAGAUCUCCUGUAAUUAAGGGAACGAUGCUCAAGUUUGCAAAAAACAUGGCUGAUUUUAUUGCCGGAAGUGGAAAGAAGCAUAUUAUUAUUCUCUCCAGCUUAGAUUUUGGGAAGUGGCAAAAGGUUGACAUGUCAAGUGGUUUGCAGAUUUACUACCUAUCCAGCGCCAACGGCAACGGAACGGACGAAAACUGUGAACAGCUUGGAUGGAAGAAACUUCAGGAGUAUGACCCUUCCCAAAAACAUUGGAAAUAUCUUAGUGAUUUAGCUGACGGAAAUGCAACUACGGAAGACACUAUUUCUAUAGAAGAUGAACUAGAAGAAGAUUAUUAUGCUAGUUUGCCUUUUGCUGCACUUUUUUCUUUUCUCAAGGCUAAAGGUUUGAAGGUCACGUGCUUGUUAUGUUAUUGCUCAGAAGGAGACAACACAUCUGAUGCUUUUCAAUUAGCUGAUGCAGCAUGCAAACUUCUAAAGCCAAGUCACCCUAAUUCUGGAAUUGAAGGUAUCAAAUGGCGAGUUCCACUUUCUUGGAUGUCUGUAUAUGGACCACCUCCAGAUGUGUCCAUCUUUUAA